GAAAGAGUUAGCGUCAUUGCAAGUAGAAAAGGCCAAAAUAGAGAGCGGCCAAAACGGAAGCAGAAAAAACUCAUCAUUCCUUUCUUUUACUUCAUCUCCUCCCUUCUUCGCUCAUCGCCAUAACCACACCACAGAGAAAGCUUCCUGUAAUCGCAAACUCUAAAGUUUCCCCUUUGAUGGGCUGAUUAUUACAUUUGGACUCAACACCUGUUUAUACAAAUAUCUACGAGAUCAAGCUUUGCUUGCCUCUAAUUUGGUGGAAUUUCUUACAAAGGGUUUCAAUUAAGAGUGUCACAUUUUCGGAUUUAUCUCAUCAUCUUUCGUCAAAGUUUCGAUAUUUACGAAUUUUUUUUUUUACUGAGAACUGCCGUUCUGUUUAUUGGGAAUCUGAUCCAAUGGCUGCGAUAACUGAGAUGCCCACUGAUGUUGUCAACGAUGUUCAUGAAAUUAGUGUCAAUAGCGAUGGCGAAAAGAUCGUUGGCGACGGAAUUGAGAAGAGCUCGAUCACGGGUUCUAAAACUGAAUCCGAGCUCGAACCCGAAUCCCAGAUAGAUAUGCAGAAGCUUGUGGCGAUGUUCAAGAAACUGAACCCUUUGGCUAAGGAGUUUUUCCCUUCUUACUACAACCCGAAGAAGAACAAUCAGAUUGGUAAAGGCAGUCAAUUUCUGUCCGCUGACGACUUUCCGGCCACGAAGAAGCAUUCCGGUGAAGAACUUGAUCCUGAUGGCAAGAAGGAUGACAAUACCCGGAAGAGAAGAAACAAUUAUAGCCAAGGGAGGAGGAGGUUAACCGGAAGAAUUUCUAAGGCUCAGAGAGAGGAUAGUAUUAGAAGAACAGUAUAUGUUUCUGACAUUGACCAGAAUGUGACUGAGGAAGGUCUUGCUGACUUGUUUAGUAACUGUGGACAAAUAAUGUUUUGUGAAGUAACAGUGAGUUUUUCUUUUGUGAAGGUUGUUGAUUGUCGAAUCUGUGGGGAUCCACAUUCAGUUCUUCGAUUUGCUUUUGUUGAGUUUGCUGAUGACCAGGGUGCACGGGAAGCUUUAAGCCUUGGUGGAACAAUGCUAGGGUUCUACCCGGUGAGGGUCUUACCCUCCAAAACUGCUAUUCUUCCAGUGAAUCCCACGUUUCUUCCCAGGUCAGAAGAUGAAAGGGAGAUGUGUACCAGGACAAUCUAUUGCACAAAUAUCGACAAGAAGGUUUCUCAAGCUGAUGUGAGAAACUUCUUUGAGUCGGCAUGUGGUGAGGUCACUCGCCUGAGGCUUCUUGGCGAUCAACUGCAUUCAACUCGCAUAGCUUUUGUUGAAUUUGCUCUGGCAGAUAGUGCGCUUAGGGCGCUCAAUUGCAGCGGGAUGGUCGUUGGAUCCCAGCCAAUAAGGGUAAGUCCAUCAAAGACACCAGUAAGGCCACGAAUGACUCGACCACCGUCCACAAACUAGAACGAGACAUCCAGAAGAAAGAUGAUUGCAAACAUUUCCUUCAGUAACUUUUUGUUUUUCUUUCCGUUUUCCGGUUUAUCUUUUACGUUUUAGAACAGUUAUCUCCAGUUAUGUUUUGUAGCUGGAAACACUAAGAUCCUGCUUCUGAAUCUGGAGUUCUUGUUAGGCUUUGUCUUUUCGACUGAGAUACAGUACUUCCAUCUGUUUCAUCAUCUUUCUCUAAAGGAUUUUUUAGAGCAUUUGCUUUUGAAAGUUCUUGGCUUUUCACAAGAGAUCUUUUUAUUGUUUGCUCUCAGUGCUGAAAAGGUCAUUUUUUUUUUUUAGAUAGAAUAGAAGAAAAAAACUGAAACAAUGUUGGAGGUCUCAGGAGAAAAGCUUUAAUUCCC